AUGUCUUUACCGUGUCUUCAUCUCUUAUUCUAUAUGAAACAUAUUGAUCAGUUAAAGGUUGAUGAUACGUUGAUAGCUUCAAGAUGGUUGCGGCAUUCAACUGUCAGCAACAUUUCAUUCGAUCCUAUUCAACAAAUGAACAGCACAACAAGAACAAACAAAAGUGAUGCUGAUGAUGGUACUUGGUCAGAUAAUCAGUCAGACUUCGAUAAUGAUGAAAAAUCAUCGAUGGCUCAAUGUGAAACUGGUAUUGUUCUGACAGUGGCAGAUAAAAAUCGAUUAUCUUGGAAUCAAUUCCAUGUAAUAAAUAAUUAUUUAACUCAAUUAGGUACACCUGAAUUUUACGAACGCCUCAACGAGUUAAAGAAAUUACACAGUUCAUGGAGCAAGAAGCAACGGCUAAAACAAGAGUCACAAACGCAAACUUCGCCUUCAAGAAGCUCACCAAAAGCUAAUUUUGCGGAUGCGGUACCAAAAACUUUAUUUACCAUUCAACGUACCGUUCAUCCUCGAGGUAGACCAAAAAAAACGAGCAGACACACUCAGUUUUAUAGAAAAAACGUUAAUGAUCGUAAAACGAAAACAACAACGCCGACUACAGCAAAAGCAUCACUUGAACUUUUGCAACAACUUCAUCUAACAACAACCGCUGAAGCAGCAGCGGCAACUGUUUUCACAUUA